AUGUCUGAAAUUAACAACAAAAAGUUAUUAAUCAAAGAAAUCGAAAAAAAAGAUGUGCUUUUAACAUCUUUAUCUAUUCCAUCAAUAAAUAGCAACAAUCCUAAUUUCUCCAACUCGAACAAAGUUGAGCUUUUCGGGAAUAAUAGUUUGAUGAAAAACAAGAAAAAGCAAUCAACUGAAUGUGAAGAGAAUUCACAACAGUUAUUGGCGACUGAAGCAACAGAUGCAAAUUUAACCCUAACUUAUCCGUAG